CGAGCAUGAGUACGAGCCCUUGGUGUUUUUUCUCCCCAUCCCAGGACCUCUCAGGGAAGACGUUCACAACAUCCAAGAUGGCGGCCUCGGUGGGUUCCCUCGUUUCGUACGAUGCCAAUUCAGACUCUGAUAACGAGACAGAAUCCAUACCAGAGCCAGAAAAAGUAGAUCCAGAUGCGUUUUCACAUCUACAGCCUCUAAAAUCCGGGAAAACGACAUCUUUGGUUGUUCUUAACUCUGCUCCUGAAGUCGCCGUGAAGGAGGAUGUCAUGACAGGUACCCAUCUGGACCCCUCUCUCAAAGAAGUCAACUAUAAUCCCUCGUAUGAAACGAUGUUCGCGCCAGAGUUUGGCCCAGUGAAUCCAUUCAGGACUCAACAAAUGGCGGCUCCAAGGAACAUGUUGUCGGGGUACGCAGAGCCAGCGCACCUUAAUGACUUCAUGUUCGAACAGCAGAGGAGGACGUUUUCCACCUAUGGCUAUGCUCUGGACCCUUCAGUGGAUACAAGCCUGGUGUCAGCCAGCAGUUACAUAGGUGCAGUGGAAGAGGCCGAAAAAAACAAAGGACAGACGGUGUUUGAGACGGGGCCAAAGAAGUCGGAGAAGCGUAAGAAGAUAAAGGGUGGAGAGGCGGCAGACCUGGAAGCGUUCCUGGGGCCAUGGGCUAAGUACCAGGAUGAGAAGGACGGGGCCAAGCCUUCAGAGGAGGAGCAGAAGGAGCUGGAUGAGAUUCUAGCAAAACGGCAGAAGAAAGGAAGGAAUGAGGAAGAGGCACCUGGAGAGGAGAAGACUAUUCUUCAUGUUAAGGAGAUGUACGACUACCAGGGUCGCUCGUACCUGCAUGCUCCGCAGGAUGUGGGCAUCAACCUGCGCUCGGCGGACGCACCAGACAAGUGCUACCUGCCCAAGAAACAGCUGCAUGUAUGGACCGGACACACAAAGGGGGUCAGUGCGAUCCGAUUGUUUCCUGCUUCAGCUCAUCUCCUGCUCUCUUGUUCCAUGGACUGCAAGAUCAAGUUAUGGGAAGUCUACGGUGAUCGCAGAUGCGUACGAACAUUUAUCGGUCACAGUAAGGCUGUACGUGAUGUCUGUUUUAAUAACGUUGGUACCCAGUUCCUCAGCGCCGCUUAUGACCGCUACCUGAAGCUGUGGGACACGGAGACCGGUCAGUGUAUAUCUCGCUUCACCAAUAGGAAAGUGCCCUACUGUGUGAAGUUCAACCCAGAUGAGGACAAACAAAACCUGUUUGUGGCCGGCAUGUCCGACAAGAAGAUUGUACAGUGGGAUGUCCGCACUGGUGAGGUGGUGCAGGAGUAUGAUAGGCACCUGGGUGCGGUCAACACCAUCACGUUUGUGGACGAGAACCGCCGCUUUGUCAGCACCUCAGACGACAAGAGUCUCCGCGUAUGGGAAUGGGACAUUCCUGUGGACUUCAAGUACAUCGCCGAGCCCAGCAUGCACUCUAUGCCAGCUGUUACACUCUCACCCAAUGGGAAGUGGCUGGCCUGCCAGUCCAUGGACAACCAGAUCCUGAUUUUCGGCGCCCAGAACCGCUUCCGGCUCAACAAGAAGAAGAUCUUCAAGGGACACAUGGUGGCAGGGUACGCCUGCCAAGUGGACUUCUCCCCCGACAUGAGUUAUGUGGUGUCGGGUGAUGCGGACGGGAAGCUGAACAUCUGGGACUGGAAGACCACCAAGCUGUACCACCGCAUCAAAGCGCACGACAAGGUGUGCAUCAGCGCCCUGUGGCACCCCCACGAGACCUCCAAGGUCAUCACCUGCGGCUGGGACGGACAGAUCAAACUCUGGGACUAGACGAGGAGGGAGACGUCGAGGAUGGUGGGAACGAAAGAAAGAGAGAGAGAAAGAAAAAAGGAGGCUACGGAUGGAUGAAGAGAGAAAGGGGGAUAAGGAGAAGAGCACAGAAAGUGAAAGAAAAGGCUGCGGAGGACUAUGAUGAGAAACAGAGAUUGAUUUGCAUAAGGAGACUUUCUGUUUUGUUUUAUUGGUCAUGGCAUCCUCCAGCAGGCGCCCCCUAGCCAGGAGCCUGGUUUUUAUUUAUCCUCCUCCGCUCAGCCCACCUUACUGGCCUUUACUCUGUCCCUGUUUUGGCUCACUCCUCUCAUUUACUGCUCCUGGUUCCUCUCUUCCAUUCUCCUGUUCUCUCGGUCCUGUGGUUCCUCCUGUUCUCUCGGUCCCAUGGUGCCCUCUCUGGAGUCUAAAGUCAGAGGGGUUUACAGGGCUGGCAUCCAGUUCUGUAGUCUGUAGUUAAUUUUACCCCCUCGUCUCUUCCUCUCCAUCGGCCACACACACACACACACACACACACACACACACACACACACACACACACACACACACGCGCGCACACGCACACACAAACACAAACACAAACAAACACACACACACACAAACGCGUGUGCGGAGGGGAGGAGUUGGAGGAGGGGGAAAAGGCUAUUUUUAGGGUUUUGUCUUGUUUGGAUGUUUUUGUUUUAUUUUUUAUCUGUUUUAUUUUCUCUUCAAACAGCAGCUGAUCACGGUCUAAAUUCACAGUCUCUCCUGUCCUCAGAUGACACACACACACACACACACACACACACAACCAGACUGGACUCUGCUUAUGCCAAUAAAACAUUUUGUACAUUUACCUUAA